AUGGAGAAACACGACGAUGCUCCUGAAGAUGUUAAACGGGCUACCUCUAUCGAGCGUGAAAUAAAGAGGGGGGAAAGGGAUGACAUGUUCGAAGGAUAUCCGCGGUUGCAGGAGAAGAAAAAAAGAUGGGAACAUUGCGAUAACUCGUCUCCAAAGAAAUCUAAGGCAAACCAAAGGCUUUUAAUCUCAGACGGGGAUUGUUGCGAAAAGCGAAGAAAAAAGAGAAACAAGGCGCCAAAAUUUGCAACGAUCUCGGUGUUUGGGGAACCGUGUACAAUACCGAAAAUGGAUGUCAUCCCUAGACAUUGUUUGACGAAAUUAGAUUACCUCAACGUAUUGUCAACACCUAGUCGUAGAUGUCCAGCAGAUUGUGACAAGAAAAUCGUGCUCAGAAGAUUGAAACCGGUGUCGCCGCGAAUCAAGGAAUUGGCUCAACCGGCGAGGCAUAAAAUGCUCAUAACUUUACAGGAAGGCGCAACGAUAUUACCACCGGCGCUUUUGGACAAUCUCGUUAAAACUUUGGAGGAUGAAACUUGCUUAACACCCGAACAAGCGGCAACCGUUCAACGGAAGAAGAAAGUUGGGAAGAAAAAGAGGGACAGAAAGGACCAAUCGCUGUAUAAAGAGGCGACGAAACCGAGGAAACCGAGCGUGGGUCCUGCGAGCAUGGGAUUGUUCGACAAGGAUGCGGUCACCUGUCAAUAUUUAAUAGCCGAGCAUUUCGUCAAAAGCAUUCUAAAUUGGAAAUGUCAUAUCCCGAAGUCGGAAUUUAGCGACGUCUCGGAAGUAAUAGUUAAACGUCUGGUCGACGUUCUCGAAUAUACUCCCCCGCAGGACGAGGAUCGCAAGUCGCAGCAGGUGCGAUUCUUGGCCGACGUGGUCGCCUGCUGGAUAUCCGGCGUGAUGUCGGAAGUUGCGGAACAUCAGAACGAAAAGCUCAAGGAACGAUGUAAGAAGAAAGAAGAGGAGAUGAAAGCGGAAGAGGAAGAUGACGAGGACGAGGACGAGGACGAGGAGGAGGACAGGGACGACGACCUGGACAGGGAUUUAGAUUGGCUGGAUAUCGAAGACGAAGAGGAAAGAGACGAAAAGGAAAAAAUAGAGGACAUUACUGACCUCGAUAUGGACGAACAAGGAAGAGAGAAAACGGAGGGUGUAGUCGAGGCUGAGACGCCGAUCGACGAGGAAAUGGAAGAAGAGGACGAAGUUGAGGCAGAAACGGCGGAGGCAGAGACGGAAACAGAAACAGCUACGCAAGAUGUAGCGGUGGAAACUCCGACAGUUGAAACGGCACAAGCAGUAACCGAGACGGAAACGCAGGAGGAAGCUGAGGCGCGAGCAAAGGCGGAAGCUGAAGCUAAAGCAGAAGCAGAAGCUAAAGCAAAAGCGGAAGCUGAGGCAGAAGCAGAAGCAGAAGCAGAAACAGAAACUGAAGCUAAAGCAAAAGCGGGAGCUGAGGCUGAAGCAGAAGCUAAAGCAAAAGCGGAAGCUGAGGCUGAAGCAGAAGCCAAAGCAAAAGCGGAAGCUGAAGCUAAAGAAAAAGCGGAGGCUGAAGCUAAAGAAAAAGCGGAGGCUGAGGCUAAAGAAAAAGCAGAAGCAGAAGCUAAAGCGAAAGAGGAAGCUGAAGCUGAAGCUAAAGCAAAAGCGGAAGCAGAGGCGGAAGCUAAAGCAAAAGCAGAAGCAGAAAAGGGUGAACCAAUUGUCGUGGAAGCUGAAAAAGAAACUGAGACUCAGGUAGAGGCAGAAGAAGCAGAAAAGAAGGUUCCCUCGACUAUAUCAGAACCAAAAGAGGUCACGGUGACCGAGGAUUUGGAAGAUUUGUUUAAGACCGACUUCCCGUUCAUUACGUUCGGUAAAAUAAUCGACACCGUUUACAAAAUGAUCGAGAGUACGCCGGAAAAUACUGGCGAGGAUCCGAUAAUAAACGGUAUACAUCGUGUGAUUUACGAAAAGUUGACCAAUAUGGUGAUGUUAGAGGAUCCGAGUCUUUUAACGGAAGAGCUGAAAGACGUGAUGGACGUGGUGUGCGGAAAGAUCGCGAAUUGGUUGAGAAACAUCCUGAGCAAAUCUCAGAUUGAAUUCAUGCAGCAAUAUGUACCAGUGGUCGAGUCGAAGGAAAUCAGAGAUUGGACGAAAUGGUUGGAGAGCAUCAGCGACGCGGCUAUAAAUUGGAACAUAUGGAUUCGCGGCGUGAUCGAGAAGAUCGUUGAGAUGGAGGGACAACAGAUCACCCGCGGUGAAUGGCACGAUUGGACAAAGUCCGUCGACACCGAUGCUUUGCUUUGGAGGAGAUUCCAUCUGCAAACUGUGCAUCAGGCGCAUCGUAACUUGACGAUGUUGCUCGGUCGGCGUGUUGUUAAGACGGGAACGAAGGGAAGAACUCCCAACACCUCUGAACAGCUGAUUAAUACGACGGAGUUGCACGCAUGAGACUCGGUCUAAGACCUUUGGGUUAUUAGCUUUCAAGCCUUAGGAAGAACACAUUUCCUUAACAAGACGUCGACGGGCAUACUCCUCAAAGGAUUGAGAGGAUAUGUUACGGAAUCGAUACAGCUCCAAUCAUUCGACAGGCGUAUCUACGAAUUCUAUUAGUUUCUAUAAAAGUAAAUACUGUAAACUGAUUCCAAACUAAAUUGUCUGCAGUUGUCGGUUCAGCGGUUACAAAAGAAUGGAAGUACGUUAUCGUAGAGUAGUCAACAUAAACGCGAAAGAUAGACGUAUGAAAAUCGCACGACCCAAAUCGAAACUUAUCGGAACUGGACGAACGUUCUCAACUUUCAGGUUGAUCGUGCAACAACGAACACAUUAACCUACUUGCGAUCGAUACGAUAACCGGGCGGACGA